GCGUGUGAGAGAGAGAGGAGCCUCUUUACGAUCACUGUCCACGGCCUCAGUCUUAUCGUCGGCAUGAUGGCUCGCGUACCGCCACUGUCAUGUCUCAUCGUGCUACCACUGAUCACGCUUUACGCGACAUAUCACGUAAACGCAACCAUUUUUGUGCCUGAAGAAAUCCCAUCGUUGCUGUCGGUAGUUUACAGUAACAUGCCACCGAUCAAGAAAGGAACCGACUCAAGACUGGGCGUGGGCUUUCGGUUGGGUCCAAAUGCAGACGUGCAGUUCCAGUUGGAACUAGGGCCGCAGACCAACACGUUGCCCAUCGGUGGCAGUGCAGGGGCGAGCGCUGCCUCCGCACCCGCAGUGGCGAGUAAGAGGCAUGCGACCGUCGGACAGGGCAGUGGCUCAAGUGGCGGCAAGCCAAAGGACUGGCUGAACGCGUGGAGGUUGCAGAUGAGCCCUGGGUACGUGGCGGACGAUGAAAGCAAUAACGUGGUCUCCGGAGAAGUGGCGGGUGGCGACGGGUCCUCGGACGCAGUGCAGCACCUCAGACAGCUGUACAAACCACAACCGAUUACCGCAUAGCCGGAUACACUGCAAUGUAGACACCAGUAGUAGUGUAGUGCUCUACGCUAUUAAUUAUUAUGAUUUUAAUACUCACCGAACGAUAUUUAUUUUUUCCAUUCCCCCUUUGUUUUGUAAGCCCAGCACAGGUUGAUGUUUAGCCAAUUUAGGUAUUUAUUAGUAGUGAUAGUGAUAUUUUAUAAAUGUAUAUAUUAUGUAGUUAUAUUAGAAUUUAUAAUCGGUCGACCGCUGGAAAUAAAUUAUAUUUAAAAAUUAUACACGGCGUGAUGAUGAAAAAAAAACUUUGAUUCCUAAUGAAUGGCCGCUGACUAUUCUUGGCAAUCCGGCCUUCAUCCCUUGGCUAAAUUUAAAUUAUUUAAAUCGUAUAUUAGUUACUUUGUAAUCUGCCUGAUAUUACCUUUUAUUUACCUUCUUAUACAUUCUUACCCAUAGGUAUAAUGUCAAAACUCGAUAUUACUCAUAACAGUGUAACAUAAAAUGUCCAUAUGCCCACAUAAGUUGUAGCAAUUAUUUUAAUAAUAUUUGUAAAUACAUGAUAUUAAUUCUUAAUUUAUAACUUAAUCACUGUUUUUAUCGCUCUGUAGUUAAUAAAUAUCAGUAUAUACAUAUAGUACCUACUAUGUAACAAGUGAAUUAUACCCCCGGAUAUUUAUAACCCCCGUGGGUAUGAUUUUCCUAGGUUAUCAGUACCCUCGGUACAAAUUUCCUAGGAUAUUAAUAGUUUAAUUAAUAAUACCUCCGUGAGGCCAUGGGGGUAUGAAAAUCCUAGGAAAUUUAUACCUCCUGUAUGAUAAUCCGAGGAUACCUAUACCUCCCAAAAUGUCAUACCUUGAGUACGAAUAUCCUAGACAUUUUAUACCACUGGUAUAAUUUUCCUAGGAUAUUUAUAACUCCUUAAAUUUCAUUCCGGGAGGUACUAAAAUGAAAUGUAAUCCCCGGUAAUAUAUUCCUAGUAAAUUCAUACUCACAGUAUAAUACUUAUCAUCAUUUUCAUACUGGGAGAUUCAAAAAUCCUAGGGAAAUUGUGCC